GCCUGAACCCGACGUGCUCAUGAAUUAUUCCUGAGCCGUUUACUGCCAGGGGACUUCCUUCCCGGCGUCCCAACAUCCCGAACGUCCAUGAACGCAGCGCUGACUGGCCGAGUGAAGAUGGCGGACUGCAUACGUGUUCUUCAGCUCCUGCUUUUCUUGUGCGUCUCGCCAAUUUUCCGGCCUUGUCGAGCGGACGGCAACGUCCAGGCCAAACCCUGGCAGGUCCCGGCCAACGUUCAGAACCUGCCUGGCGGCGGGCUCCUACCGGUCUCUAACGUGGGCGCCGCUGAUAGAAACCCGGGCGCCGGAGGGGCCUCGGCGCCUCGGAAGCGUCCUGUCUGGAAGUUGUCCGAGGAGGCUGUGUGCAAGGACGACAUGAGGCGCCUGUGCCCCAGGGAUACGUGGAACAACAACCUGGCGGUGCUCGAGUGCCUUCAGGACAAGAAGGAUGAUACGGAGAUCGCACCAGACUGCAGCCAUCUGCUGUGGAACUACAAGCUCAACCUCACUACUGACCCCAAGUUUGAGUCUGUGGCUGUGGAUGUGUGCCAGUCCAGCAUCUCCGAGAUUAAAGAGUGCGCAGCGGAGGAAUUGGGCAAAGGAUACUUGGUAUCGUGCUUGGUGGACCAUCGCGGCAACAUCAGCGACUAUCAUUGCAAGCAGUACAUCACCAAAAUGACCAGCAUCGUCUUCAGCGACUAUCACCUCAUCUGCGGCUUCGUGGACAAAUGCCACGAUGACAUCAACUCGCUGCACUGUGGUAGCAUCAGCUCAGGAGACAAGGACAUCCACUCACAGGGCGAGGUGAUCGCAUGCCUGGAGAAAGGCCUGGUACAGGAGGCGGAGGAGCGGCCGGGGGCACACACCAUCAAGGACGAGUGCAAAAAGUCCAUCAUGAGGGUUGCCGAGCUCUCGUCAGACGACUUCCACCUAGACCGAUAUCUUUAUUUCGCCUGCCGGGAUGACCGAGAGCGCUUCUGCGAGAAUACCAUGGCGGGUGAGGGGCGUGUAUACAAGUGUCUCUUCAACCACAAGUUUGAGGAAGCUAUGUCAGAAAAGUGUCGCGAGGCGUUGACUACCAGGCAGAAGUUGAUUGCUCAGGACUACAAAGUCAGCUACUCGCUGGCAAAAGCUUGCAAGGCUGACUUGCGGAAAUACCGCUGCAGUGCUGACAACGGUGUGCCCCGAGCCCGAGAGGCACGACUCUCCUACCUUCUGCUCUGCCUUGAGUCUGCUAUUCACCGAGGUCGGGUGGUGAGUGGCGAGUGCCAGGGUGAGAUGAUGGACUAUCGGCGCAUGCUGAUGGAGGAUUUUUCACUGAGCCCCGAGAUUGUGUUGCACUGCCGCAGUGAGAUUGAGGCCCAAUGCUCGGGUCUGCACCGCAAAGGCCGCACCUUGCACUGCCUCAUGAAGGUUGGCCGUAGCGACGCUAUCGACCUCAACUGCCAACGUGCGCUGCAGACGCUGAUUCAAGAAGCCGAUCCUGGCGCAGACUACCGCAUCGACCGUGCUCUCAAUGAAGCCUGCGAAUCAGUCAUCCAGACAGCGUGCAAGCACAUCCGCAGUGGAGACCCCAUGAUCCUAUCAUGUCUGAUGGAGCAUCUGUACACAGAGAAAAUGGUCGAACUCUGUGAGCAUCGCCUCCUGGAGUUGCAGUAUUUCAUCGCACGAGACUGGAAGUUGGACCCUAUCCUGUACAGGAAGUGCCAGGGUGAUGCCGCACGCCUCUGCCACACGCAUGGCUGGAACGAGACGAAUGAGAUGAUGCCCCCCGGUGCCAUCUUUUCAUGCCUGUAUCGCCAUGCCUACCGAUCAGUGGAGCAGGGCCGCAGGCCUUCAAAUGGAUUCACUGAAGAUAAAAACAGCAACCUGUCUCGGGACUGCAAGGUGGAGGUGCAGAGGACCCUCCACCAGAGGGCAUUGGACGUGAAGCUGGACCCUGAGUUGCAGCGACGCUGCAUGACUGACUUGGGCAAGUGGUGCAGCGAGAAGACUGAGGCGGGACAGGAGCUGGAGUGUCUUCAGGACCAUCUGGAUGACCUGGUCCCAGACUGCCGCAACGUGGUUGGAAACCUGACUGAGCUUGAAUCCGAGGACAUUCAAAUCGAAGCACUGCUUAUGCGAGCCUGCGAACCUGUAAUUCAAGCGCACUGUCACGAGGUGGCGGACAACCAGAUUGAUUCAGGAGACUUGAUGGAGUGUUUGGUGCAGAACAAACACCAGAAGGAAAUGAAUAUCAAGUGCUCGGUGGGAGUCACACACUUGCAGCUGAUCCAAGUCAAAGAUUUCCGCUUUUCAUACAAGUUCAAGACUGCCUGCAAGGAGGACGUCCUCAAACUUUGUCCAAACAUCAAGAAGAAGGUGGAUGUAGUGAUGUGCCUGAGCAGCACGGUGAGGAACGACACCCUGCAGGAGGCCAAAGAGCAGCGCGUGUCAGUCAAAUGUCGCAAACAGUUGCGCGUGGAAGAGGUGGAGAUGUCGGAGGACAUCCGUCUGGAACCAGAACUUUAUAAGUCGUGCGAGCAGGAUAUCGGCCGCCUGUGUCAGAGGGGGGCCUUUGGAAAUGCACAAGUUAUCGAGUGUCUGAAGGAUAACAAGCGGAAGUUGACUCCACGAUGUCGCCAAAAGGUCUUCAAACUUCAGGAAGUGGAGAUGGAGGACCCUGACCUGGACUUUCAGCUCAUGAAAGGCUGUAAGAACAUGAUCAGGCGGUUCUGCACAGAGUCAGAGGGGAAGAAUGUCCUGCAGUGUCUGAAGCAGAACAAGAACAGUGAGAUGAUGGACCCCAAGUGCAAGCUACUCAUCACCAAGCGACAGAUGGCCCAGAAUACUGACUACAGGCUAAACCCAGUCCUGAGAAAGGCGUGCAAAGCCGACAUUCCUAAGUUCUGCCAGGGCGUCUUGAACUCUGCUGCCGCCGACGGCGAGCUGGAGGGGCGCGUGAUUGCCUGCCUCAAGCUCAAGUAUGCUGAUCAGCGUCUUUCAUCAGACUGCGAGGACCAGAUCCGGGUUAUACUCCAGGAGUCUGCGCUAGACUACCGAUUGGACCCUCAGCUGCAGCUCCACUGUACUACAGAGAUCGCACAUCUGUGUGCUGACGAAGCGGCGGCACUUGAGCAAACAGGUCAGGUAGAGGAAUGUCUGAAGAUCAACUUGCUCAAGAUCCAAGAGGAUGCUUGCAAGAAGGAGGUGUUGAAUGUUCUGAAAGAGAGCAAAGCAGACAUCUUUGUGGACCCUGUUCUGCACACUGCCUGCGCUCUCGACAUCAAACACCACUGCGCUGCUAUACCACCCGGCAAGGGGCGCCAGAUGUCGUGUCUAAUGGAAGCGUUGCAGGACAAACGUGUGCGUCUGCAGCCUGAGUGCAAGAAAAGACUUCAGGACCGUAUCGACAUGUGGGGCUUUGCCGCCAAGGUGGCGCCGGCAGAGGGAUUUUCAGACCUGGCAGCGCAGGUGUUGAUAUCCCCCUCCAAGAACUACAUCCUGACGGUGAUGGGCGGCGGUGUGACGCUGCUCUUCCUGAUGGGCUUGCUGUGCGGGAGGUUCACCAAACGUGUCACCCAGGAGCUGAAGAACAGGUAGACCACGCCCAUGUCAGGCUUUGGACACUCCUACAGGAGGACUGCCCCGCCCCCUUUCCCAGAAUGCUCAAAGUGGACGUCAAGCGCACUCUACUCGCACCACCUGCUGUCAAGGAGGCCACGCCCAUUUUAGUUCUUUAUUUUUAUUUAACCUAAGCUGAACGGGUGACUUGGGGUUCAAACGUGAAGACUUUUAAGGAGCUGAACAUGUUAAAAAAAAAAAAAAAAAAAAAAAAAGAAUAAUGUCAUGUGACCUGCUCGUCUGUGGCGUGCCGCAAUGACUCCGAUCCUUUUCAUGUAUGCGUGUGUUUGAGGUGUAUUUGAUUUAUCGCCACGGGACUGCCAGGCGGUCAGUGCCAAGACAGCCCCCCCAGCCCUUAUUCUGCUUAUUUUUCUUAUAGAACUUUUUUUUUUCUCUUAAAGGCACCACGCACGUAUGAUACCCUUUUGUCCCACCCCACACCUGAAACACUAACAGGCACCGCACCGACAUUUUGAGCCAACAAUUACGGCAUUUUGAUCUUCGAGCACAGUGAUGUCAUAAAGACGUCAUAUUAUGACAUUGUCACAGUGCCGUCCGUGAUGUCGUUUCAUGACAUCGCUAUGCAUCAGACGUCAGUUAGCCACUUAGCAGUGUUAUGCUACAUCGCUGCUCAGAUGUCACAGUUUUGCGGUGUCACUAAACGAGGGCAGCAGAGUCCUUGCUGUCGCGCUUUUGUGAUGUUCUUAAAAAGUACGUCACUGUGGCGAGUUUGUCUUGGCGCUGCACUGAUGCGAAACAGUGGCACUUUGCAACAAUGGCGCAAAAAGACUGCUUCUGAAAACUCGUUACGCGGAUACGUCGCCAUUUUUGUGAAGUUAACACUGCUCGGUUACUUCAUCGUACCAUGCCAAAAAAGCGCACUGUCAGUUUGUGAUGUCGCACUUUUGACUUCUCAAGCUUACUGGUGGCUUGUCUAUAUCAGAUGUUAUUAAGUUGUACGUUGGGUGGCGUGGCGUGGUGAGCAUACGGCAGGAAGUGUUCCAAAGUGUUUUUUUAUUUGGUGAGAAGGAGGGGCUGGAAUCUUUGCACACUCGUUGGCGUGGAAACGUUCGUCAGUUAGCUCACUAGCCUUAUUUAUUUGUUUACGUUGUCUUGCCUUUCCAACAAACGUCCUUUUCUCUGAUUGGACGUGAGUUUGCAACACAUGGGGGGCGCUCUGCAGUUGGCGCUUUUGCCGUCAGCCUGGCGGCCGGUUGUGAUGAGGAGGAUGUUUGGUUUUGUGGUUUGCAGUCCCAGCAAGGGAUUGGACCUCACUGAACCCAGAGCGAUGACGUCACUGAGAGUUGUUUUUAAAGUGCAACCUCACUGCACAAAAAAUGUUGUCAUAGCGGUUUAGUGACAUGACCGCGCAGUGGCGUGGACGGACGAGUGCGUGCGGGAUUGUGUGAGUGUGACUUCUCAUUUCUGGUUCUUCUUGUGGCGAGUAGACGAGCUUUAUUUUGUGCUGAAGAAAAUGCUUUUGUAAAGGAUGUUUUUUUUUUUUUUUUUGCUUCUGUCUACUUUUUUUCCCCGCUCUUUUUGUUGUACAGAUAUGAACAUGAGCAGUUUGUUAAUAAUAAAUUCUGCAAGGUUUCUA